CGAUGUAUUGAGUCUGUGACCGUGAGCUGUUUGACUGUACGGAAAGCAAGCGUGCUGACCAAAACAAUGAUGAAUUUAGCCACUUUAGUGAACAGCCUCAGAUGCUCUCUGCUGAGCAUUGAGAGAAGACUUCUGCAGGCGGCCGGACUAGAGAGACAGCUGGCCCCAGCGCUGACAGUGGCUGGCCCCAGUCUCCUGCCUCAGGUCGACAGGGAGGAUGGGCUGGAGGAGCAGCAGAACCCGGAUCAGCCUCCUGGCCUCACAGACGGUAUCCUGUGGAUGGCAGCGCCCAAGAAGAGACGCACUAUAGAGAUCAACCGCACCAGGAGGAGAUCUGAAAUAAAUAUGUUAAAAGUCAAGACCAACAUCGAGCCAUGUCCUGAGUGUGGCCACUUGAAGCAGAAACACAUCCUGUGCAGCUUCUGUUACGCCAAGGUGUGCAGAGAGACGGCAAAGAUUCGGCAGCAGAUGAAGGCGAUGGAAGCGGGGGCCCAUGGGGUGCCGGCAGUGGAGACUGUCAUCCUGUAUGAGGGAGAAACACCAAGUGAGCUGAACAAAGACAAAAGGAUUGUGGAGAGGCCCAGGAAGAGGCCUGCCUGGUUCAACCUCUGAGAUAUUCAUGCUGUUUGUGAUACCAAAGCUGAUUCUUGAUGUAGUUAUCUCUGUAAAGAUACCGUACCUGAUCAUUGAUUUGUGGGUUUAAGGCUCACACAGCUACAUAUUUGAAUUUUUGGUUUAAUUUCAUUUGUCACUUUUUCAACUGUUUGUCAUAUUCUCAAAUUGGAUACAUUUACUGUAUGUUUGAAUAUUUGACAAUACAUUCUUUAUUUGAAAAAGGAAAUGAUGUGCUUCUCUGUUGCCUUAAAUUCAAAAACUCAAAUGAGACCAUUCAAUGUAAAGACUUACCAUUGUGUUAGUCAACAAAUCUUACUUUAUCCACUUUAUGACACAGAAAAAACAAUUAGGUUUGAUAAUUGUGCUCCAAAGUCAUUGGCACAAUAAAGGGGGGUCAAGAGUAUUAGUGUCUACCAUAAGCUUUCAUUAAGACUACAGCUUUUUAGCAUAGCCACAAGCUUUUUAUCAGUAACACAAAUAUGGUUAUGAACCACUUGGAAUCGGAUGUCUUAAGAUUUCAAACAUUAUGAAGUGAUACAUCAUUCUUGGCUUCCUUGUGAUGGAAACUAAUCGCCACUUCUUCUGAUCUUGAAGGGAUGCCUGUUUUUGUUUGUGAAUGUGUGUUUGUGUUGCCACAGCAACAUCUAUUAGUCAGGAUUCAGCAUCAAACUGGAGUCAUGUAAUACUGGCUCUUGUGUUGCAGGGGGGGGGAACAGACUGUUUUUGCUGGGAUGAGUCCAGCAUACCUUUCACUGCCUCAGUCACACCGUCAACCCCCUCUGAUACAGUUUCACCCUCCAACUGAUAGAAGUGGGGCUGCCAGCGUUCUCCU